AGAUAUAACCGAGUGCUCCCUAGAAUUUGCGGGCAGGGCCGCCAAUCUCGCGACGACUAGAGGAAAGGGUUCAAUUAACACGUUGAAAUAAAGCAUAAAGGCGGAAAACAAAAUUAAUGUCAACACACACAAUGUCCAUAUUUGCAAGGCGGAUACUUUCAUCCAACUUCUCGAAGGAAUGGCGAUAUUUGUGGCCUGUCAACUAUAAUUCAUAUCUUCAACAGUGUCAACUAUCGACUCAAUCUCAACCAAAUGUGGAAAAAUCCGAUCUAUCUAACAUCUCAGAAACUUCAGAAAUUAUAACAAUAAAUCCACUAAAACAUCCAGAUUUCUUCCAAGUGCACAAGCUGUUCACUGUAAAGGAUCUUUAUGAUGCAAGGGUUCAUUAUGGUCACAAGGAGACUUCAUUGAAUGAGCAAAUGGAAACAUUCAUAUUUGGUUCCAGACUAGGACAUUUGAUAAUCGAUCUUGAUCAAACUGCCGAAUUGUUAAGACAGGCAUUAAAUUUUAUCGCUCACAUCGCUUUCCGAGGUGGUAUAAUCCUGUUUAUCUCACGCAAUCCUCAGUUCACAUAUAUAGUAGACAAAACCGCCAAGGAGUGCAAGGAAUUCUCACAGACAAGAUACUGGCGACAGGGACUCUUUCCAAAUUCCAGGAAUCAGUUCAAGGCAAUGACACGAUUGCCUGAUCUAUGCAUUUUUCUCAAUACUUUCGACACUGUCCUUGUUGAGCACAUGGCAGUAAGGCAUACGGCGAAGAUGAACAUACCUAGCGUUGGUAUAGUUGACACGAAUUGCAAUCCAAAUCUUAUAACAUACCCUGUGCCUGGAAAUGACGAUUCUCUAUGUUCCAUUGAACUCUAUUGUUCGUUAUUCAAAGAAGCUAUUCUCAGAGGAAAAAAGGCUAGAGAACGACUAAUG